CUAGGCCUGUGUUUGGCGGAGGCAGAGGGGGCAGGCGGCUCGGUGGGAGCCCGUGGAGCGGCGCCCCCCCGCCGGCCGGGGCAGUUGGUGCGGUCCGGGAAGAUGGCAGAUGGAUACAUUGUGGCAGUCUGAUCUUCUAGACUUGCAUACCAGUAAUGCAGUUUCCAUCUGAACACAUGAUAAUCAGAUGACUUUCAAAGCACUUGUAAGAUGAACAUUUGCCAUAGCAGAUGCCUAGAGGAAGAGGUGACCUUCUAAGCAGCAAGAUGAGUGAAUGGCAAAGGAUUUUUGAGCAAAAUCUGACUGUUCCUCCACACUCCCAAAGGAGACGACAUCUCCCGAGGGAAUCAAUGGCAUUUCAGUGUGUCCUGAAGUAUGUUGAGGGGAAUUUAAUUAAGCAGAGAGUGCUAGAAGGCUUGUCAGAGGUUGAAUACCAGCUUCGCCUGUCCCUCUUUGACAUCACGUAUCGUCAUUUCUUUGGGAGAACAUGGAAAAGUACCACAAGACCUCUCAAAGCUGUGCCAGGACAGCCACGCAAAGUGGUUUUCAAUGAGACCAUUUAUUUUCACACAUCUUUAAACCACCCCAGCAUCGUCGCGGUGGUGGAAGUGGUGGCUGCGGCCAAGAAGCGAGAAGGGACCCACCAGGAUCUGUCUUGUGGGUUUGGAAUUCUGCACCUGUUCAACAGCAAGUCAGAACCAACUGAUGUGGCCACAAAGGACGGAGAGCUCAAGCUGUAUCAUGGGACACCGCGAGCGCUCCUGCACCCCCUCCUCCAGGACCCAAUGGAACAGAAUAAACACAUGACGGUGAUAGAGAACGCUCACCUUCAGUACACCUUAAGGCCACACCCGCCCCUCGAGACCAUGUAUCACCUCUUCCCUGAGAAUAUGCUGGUGUCUGGGCUGCAGAAAAUUCCUGGCUUGCUGCUAACACAUGGAGAAACAAAUGAUUUCUUUCGAAAACCCCACCUCAUGAAAUCAGUCACAUGGUACUUGGAUAAGCUGUCCAUUCAUUUGUACCCUUCAUUAGAAAAGUUUGAGGAAGAGCUGCUGGAUUUACUCAACAGUGAGCGUUUACUUAAGGAUAGCUCUACGGUGGACGGGAGCGAAGUUCUCAUUCAGGAACGGCGGCUGCACAUCGGGGUCCACAAUGGCUUAUGCUUCGUUCAGACGCCUCAGGUGGUGGUGGUGGUGCCAGAGGCCGAGGUGGCUCGGGGGCGCUCAGCCAGCUUCCACAGGAAACAAGACCUCAGCGCCAAACCCAGCAUGGUAGGUCAAGCUCUGGUUUUGAGAAGCCGCAUUCGUUUGACCGAGAUGGUCCGUCACCCAGCAUUCGCAGUCGUCUUCCAGCUGGAGUAUGUCUUCUGUGCACCAAGCGGAGCCGACAGGAAGGCAUUGUCCAUUUCCUCUUUGACGAAAGCAGCCUAUAUGCAUUCCAUCCGAUGGACUGUUUGGAAUCCUUUGCUGGACUCGAGUUCCACGGACGUGAUCUUACCACUGCAAGGAAGCGCCCAGCAUAACCCCAGCCAUGUGUUAGUUUACAAGAUGCCCCCCACCAGCAUGAGCUCUGAAGAGGUGAAGCAGGUUGAGUCUGGCACAGUCCAGUUCCAGUUUUCCACUGAUUCGGAGGAACAUCUUGGGACUUCUACAAAUUCCUUAAGUAACACCAGAGAAGAGCCGCGAUGCUCAGCGAAGCCGUCCACACCAUUUCUGAGUGCACCAUCUUCACCCCAGAUGUUGGUUUCCACUCAAGACUAUCCCCAAGGACCUGGGUUGUCGAUAUCCCAGUUGUCUGCAUCACCCCAUUCUCCUCCUGUAAGCCACUCAUCCAAACCCCCGUUGCAACAGCAAACUGGCUCUCCAGUCCUCCUCUCCUCUGGGAUGCGCCGCCGUGAACGUGCACAGGAGCUCCCAUAUGGAGGCAGCAGCCGUGGCAUAACGCACCUGGAGGCUGACCUCAGCCCCAGCUCCUUGAUCCUGGAUUCCUCUGCAGGUGACCAGCUGCAGGAGCUGCCAUUCACUCCCGUGCACGCGCCAAUUGUUGCCAUGGGAGCACAGACUGGAAGCUCUAGCACUGUCCUCACUCGGGCCUCUCUAUCUCGCUUGCAUGCUGCUGGCUUUCCGGAAAUCCUGGAUUGUAACAAGGAGCCAGCAGAAGUUGUGGACCCCGCAGACCCUGUGGACUUCAACCCUCAAAGGGAAGAAGCUGACUUCUUGCAAAGCAAUGAAAUCAUUUUGCAGUUCCUUGCCUUCACCAGGAUCCCACAGGAUGGCAUGGGGACAACAUGGCCAAAGACUAUGUAUUUCACCUUCCAGUUUUACCGUUUCCCACCGGUCACAACACCACGAUUGCAGCUGGUGAAGAUGGACCAGUCUGGGACAGCCAGUUCAGAUGCAUCUUCCCAUACCUUAUUCCAGAUCAACAAAGACGGAACCCUCAAGAACGGAUCUCCAGGGUUGCAGCUAAAGUAUAUGGUGGAUCCUGGUUUCCUGAAGCCAGGAGAACAACGCUGGUUUAUACGUUAUAUAGCUGACCAUAAUCUACAGAUUGAUAUUUGGGAUGGAGAUUCUUUGCUCCUCAUUGGAUCUGCUGCAGUUAAGCUGAAGCACUUGCUUCGCCAGGGUCGGACAGCAGUUCAGGUCCAUCAUGAGCUGGAGGUGAUGACAACCGAAUACGAGCAGGACACAACAGUAACGAGUGGGGACGUUCUCAGACAUGGCACUGUGAAGCCCAUAGGAGUCUAUGUUGUUGUGAAAGGCCGACUUCACCUGAGUUUGGCCAACGUUGGUCACCUGUGUGAGCAAAGGCUGAAGAAAUCAAACUCCUUGCCACCCCCGCGCUCUCGCAUUGUCUCCUCGCAUGAUGGGACCAGCAGCUUCCACGGAGGCAGCCUGUUCUCUCUCAAUACUCCUGGGGCUAAGAACGUGUCCCAAGCCCAGAAGCUGGCGGACGUGGACAGCGAGCUGGCUGCCAUGCUGUUCAGCCGCCUGCAGGAAGUGAGCACGGCCUUCCAGCAUGCCAGCCGCGAGGCCAACGCCAGCCGCAGGCGGAAGCUGGAGAGGAUGAUGAUGGUGCGACAGCUCGAAGCCCAGGAGGAUGUCAGCGGGAGGAGAGCAAGCCUCAUGGGCCGGCGUGAGGAGCGCAUCCAGCACUCCAGGGACCUGCAGAUCAUUGAUGCCUACCGGGAGCGCAUCAAGGCCGAGAGCAUCUCCAGCAUGCUGAGUCAGGCCAUCACCACCAACUACACGCUCUAUGCCACGCUGGGCACCGCAGAGUUCUUUGAGUUUGCACUGAGAAACCCAUACAACGUCCGGCACACAGUGACGAUUGAGAUCGACCACCCUGAGCUGAGUGUUAUUGUGGACAGUAGGGAGUGGAGACACUUCAAAGAGCUGACCCAAACAAUGACUACUCCAGUAGAAGAGGACAUGUUCCAUCUUCAGGACAACCUCAUGCCUCAGGUCUACCUGCGCCCCAAAGAGACCAUUCACAUUCCAUUUAAAUACCAGACCUUCUCUAUAGACCACACUAUCAUGAUGCAGCAGGGCCCUGCUGAGCUGAGGUUCAAUAAAGGCACAGAAGCUGCACCACCCUGGAAGUCCAGUGCCAUGCUGACAAAACGCAUCAAGAUCUCCUUUAAGGCAAAUGGUGACAAGCCCAUUGCAAUUCUCAGUGUUAAUGUGGAGCCUCAGCCCCACGUGGUGGAUCAGACAUUCCGAUUCUAUCAUCCGGAGCUCACCUUCCUGAAGAAGUCCAUACGGUUACCUCCAUGGUACACCUUGCCAGGUGCCCCAGCAGGAAUGCCAGGUGGGGAACCGGAGAUGUACGUCCGCUGCAGUGACCCCAACAUCAUUUGCGAAACAAAAAAAAUGGGUCCUGGGGAGCCACAGGAUGUGUUCUUAAAAGUAGCUGGAGGACCAAGCCCACAGAUCAAAAAAUUCUUUGUUGCUAUUUAUACGGAUGCCUGGCUUGCUGCACCCAUUCAGAUCUGGCAAUUUUACCUUCACUCGCUGCAACGUGUGGAUGUUAGCUGCAUAACUGGCCAGCUGACCCGCCUUUCCUUGGUUCUCAGGGGCACCCAAACGAUCAGGAAAGUGAGAGCUUAUACCUCCCACACACAGGAGCUGAAGGUAGGCUCUGCCAUUGGACUCAGAAGUGUUUGCUGCCACUUCCUCUCUUCCUUCCCCACCACAAAGAGAAACUUUUCAUUUGGAAGAGACUGGAGUUAGGAGUGAGUUGAAAAUUAGUGAAAUCCUUCACAAUUAUAAUUAUGAAUGGACUUACGUUGACAGUCCCAGUGAAAAUAACCCUCCAAUAUGAAACCAGUCCCAUUAGGAAUUAUGAACAAUUUACUGCCAUAAAGUCUUCAUUAUAAUUAUCUUUUGAUUAAAGUCGUCAUGUGUAGGAUCAUUGGUACAAAACCCCAGAGGGCAAAUUAUCUGAAUUAAUGAGACUAUCUGAAGACUAAUAAUUUCUUUAGAAUUCAUUUAGUCGUAAUUAUAAAUGUGAAUAAUAAAAGACACACAAACCAUUCCAUGAAUUAGGAAAUAAAGAAAUCAGUGUUUAAAUGUUGUCCUCACUGAGGCAGAACAUGGAGAUGAAUUCCCUUGACGGCGUCCAGAGCGAGCUCCGUCACCACAAUGGGCUGCUUUCAUUGCAGCGACCUGAAUUAUGGCUGGGAGCUGUACAUCUUGAAUUCUGUGUUAGCUUCCUGUGACGUAGGGGCUGGGCUCUAGUUGGCCGAAGUGGUAAUUAGAACUGUAAUACAUUGCAGGGAAGCAUGUGUGAGAAGGCAGCCCUUGCCUGACGCACCCUCCUGCGGCAGGCCAUGGCCUGGUCUGCCUCGGUUUCCCCUUUCAGAGUCCUCCAAAACAAUCCAAACAGUCUUUGUUACUGUAAAUAUAGGUCUUGUUUGGUUCAUUUAUUACAAAAGUCCCAUGUACGUAAACCAUUACCACAGUCAUAGUCCAGAUUUCCCCCAACAGAUAAGGCUCUGGGGUCUCUCUCAGGAGAGUAACCUACCCCCCCCCCCCUUUGCUGUGUAAUGUCACAUGGGUCUUUUAUCUGAUUCAUAAAUCUGUUUGGCACCUAAAAUGAAAGUGUCUGUUACUCUGACAUUUCAAAGUAUCUUUUCCACCUCAAGUAGGAGGUUCUAGCUAUACAUAUAACCUGCCCUUUCCUUCUAGCUCAUCGGACGGUAUUCUGGUAGUUGAUAUAUCGAUAGGGCUGUCAGACAAGAAUUUUUAGGUAAAACACAAAAUGCCAGAACUGUCUUUGCCGAGUGUGUGUAAAAAGAAAAAUGAUAACUGUAACAUUAACGUACAUAACUCAACAAAACCAAAUACAUUCAGAGACCAUCUGUUUUGCACAUGGCAUCUAAUGCCUCCAGUAUAUCUUAAAUGUAUUGCACUCUGUUGGUAGCAUUUUUUUGAGCCUGCAUCAGGCAUCCACAGGGCAGUAGCAGGGUUAACAUUUCUAGCUGAGAUGAGCUCUCUAGAUGUUGCUAACUCCAUUUUGUUAUUGAAAUUCAAUCUGCUAAGCAAAGUUCCUCUGCAGACAGGCUCUGAAUGUGCAACUCAGACAGAUUUUACAAUGAAGUUAGAGCCUAGUUUAUUAACGCAGCCAGCUUUAAUUUCCUUCUCAGAAACACACAUUUCUUGACAUUUGAUCAGUGUCUAAUUUAUAUUCCAGACUGGAGUCUAGAAGGUACAGUAGAUUAGCUUCCCUUCUGACUUCAUCAAAGGACACCAUGUUGGUGCCUCUAAAAAGAUUUUUCAUGGCACAUGUAAAAGUUUGGGUUAAUUUCUCCUCCACUGUCUCUCAUGCUGAGACUAUCCCAAUAACUUGUUAUAUUAACAGUGCCAAUAACUUUGACCAUCACUGAUACCAUCUUUCAUUUUCAUCUAGACAAUUCUGAUUUUCUUGCAUUUUUAAUAUAAAACAUUUUUCGAGCUGGAAUGUACCAGAUUGAGACCUCAUUUCCAGGACCGGAGAGAUACAUCAUUUGGGGAUUCUAAUUAAACCUUUUCAUUGUCUUUCCUGAGAGGCAGAGAGGCCUCAUCUGCACGUGUAGAGUUAGUGUUCCUACGGCUUGGUUGCUGCCCUAAAUUGUGAGCAUUUCUGCUGGUUUCCAUUUUGCUCAUUUCCUACAGGUGGAUCCCAAAGGUGUGUUUAUUCUCCCUCCGAACGGGGUCCAGGACCUGCAUAUUGGUGUGAGGCCUCAGAAAGCUGGCAGCAGAUUUGUUUACCUCAAUCUGGUGGAUGUGGAGUACCACCAGCUUGUUUCGUCCUGGCU